AUGGCUUCUCCCAACGAGACCUCGGCGGAUGAAUACUGCCCGCCACCGCCACCAAAUCCAGCAGCGGACGUUGGUCUCAGCGCUCAGUCGACCACCCCGGAUCCCGAACUGGCAACUCCAUCUGUCUCAAGCAUCGACGUCUUUAAACUACCUCCCAUUUCAGCACUGAAGCUCGUCUGCGCCGGAAUCGAGGCGCUCGUCCGCAUCACAGGCGACAUACCCCCGACUCCGCCCACGAGUGGGCGCCAGACUCCAAAUAUGCGCGGUAUGCAAGAGGAGAAGGAGAAUAUCGUACGAAGCCACUCUUUGACCGAUCUGAGCAAGCACCGGCGCCCAUCGAUACCUUUCGCAUUUACCGCAGCUAAUGACGAGUACGAUGGGAUAAAUCUCAGGAAGAGGCCGAUUGCGAGCUUGGAGAAUGAGCAAAAGGAGCCGUACAUUAUAAUUGGGGCUAACGCGGAACCCCUCAACCUCCAACAUAACGCCAUAACGCGCAAGUUUUACUCGAAAAGGCCUCCUCCAAUCUCGAUUGAGGACUAUCUCAUGCGGAUACACAAGUUUUGUCCCAUGUCUACUGGCGUAUAUUUGGCAACGAGCGUAUAUAUUCAUCGGUUAGCCGUGGAAGGGCGUGCUAUACCGGUUACGAGACGAAAUUGCCAUCGCCUGCUCCUCGCUGGGUUGAGGGUUGCCAUGAAGGCUUUGGAGGACCUGUCUUACCCCCAUCGAAUAUUUUCCAAGGUUGGGGGAGUCAGCGAGAAUGAGCUCGCCCGACUAGAGAUCAGCUUUUGCUUUCUCUCUAAUUUCGAGUUGCGAACGACGAAAGAGAUGUUGUUGGACCAUGCUCUGACGCUGAAGCAGAUCAGUUCUAGCCAGGGUGCCUUUGGUGGCGGGCAUGGCUUUGAUUUAAGGCUGCCGCUAGGAAAGAGGAGUGUACUUUCCAAAGAAGGUGUGCAGGAGGUUACUGCGGACGCCUGA